CAUUCCAUCCGGGAGAACUACAGCGUGAGUGAGUGAACAGGGCACAACAGACACCGACACACCGACAUUGUUCUUGCACCGACGGUGACAAAGCGGGCUUGAAUUCUGUUUUAAUUGAAGAUAAAGUCAAUUUUCACAUCAAAGAAAUCAUGGAUCGCCUUCUCCGGCUAGGUGGGGGAAUGCCUGGUUUAAGCCAGCCACCACCUUCUUCUGAUGCCCCUGCAGUUGAUACUGCUGAGCAAGUUUACAUAUCUUCCCUGGCAUUGCUGAAAAUGUUGAAACAUGGACGUGCUGGCGUCCCCAUGGAAGUGAUGGGGUUGAUGCUGGGAGAGUUUGUCGACGACUACACAGUUCGAGUUAUUGAUGUAUUUGCAAUGCCACAGACAGGAACUGGUGUUAGUGUUGAAGCUGUUGACCCAGUCUUUCAAGCCAAAAUGUUGGAUAUGUUAAAACAAACUGGUAGGCCAGAAAUGGUUGUUGGCUGGUACCACUCUCAUCCUGGUUUCGGCUGCUGGCUUUCGGGGGUCGAUAUCAACACACAGCAAAGCUUUGAGGCACUUUCAGAACGAGCUGUUGCAGUUGUUGUUGACCCCAUUCAGAGUGUUAAAGGCAAGGUUGUGAUUGAUGCAUUCCGGCUCAUCAAUCCCAACAUGAUGGUUCUGGGGCAAGAACCUAGACAAACCACAUCCAACCUUGGGCAUCUACAGAAGCCUUCUGUUCAGGCUUUAAUACAUGGCUUGAAUCGUCACUAUUAUUCCAUCAGUAUUAACUACAGGAAAAAUGAACUUGAGCAGAAAAUGCUCCUUAAUUUACAUAAAAAGUCUUGGAUGGAUGGUCUGACUCUUGCUGAUUAUGCUGAACACUGCAAACUUAAUGAAGAUACUGUUUCGAACAUGCUUGACCUUGCCAAGAAUUACAACAAAGCUUUGGAGGAUGAAGAAAAAAUGACACCUGAACAGCUUGCAAUUAAAAAUGUAGGAAAACAAGAUCCAAAGAGACAUUUAGAAGAAAAGGUUGAUGUACUUAUGGCUGCCAACAUUGUUCAAUGUCUUGGAGCAAUGCUGGAUACAGUUGUCUUCAAAUAAAAUUUGCUAAUGUGUUGGGUUGUAAGGCUGGUAUUUCCCCUUCUAAUGUUUUAACUCUCGUCUCUCUAUGACUACUCAACAGCCCUGAACUGUUUCAUCUAAAAUUUGUUAAAAAAAGAAUUUGCCCAUAGUGAUUUAUUUAAUGAGCACAUAAUUGUUACAUGUGUCAAUUUUGCCACUUUCAACAUCUUUUUAUAUUUUGCAAUUUUCCUGUGGUACUAAUUUGAAAUGGGACUAUGUAAGGCGACAAAACUUUUAAACAGGCAUUUGUUGGAGGGGUUAGGCAUAGUGAAAAUAACAGAAAAGGAUUUUUCUAGUGUAUGUAAUAAACCUUGUAUUUUGUAUCAA